GAUUUCCAAACACAGACCUUUUUUCAGAUGUUGAUAAAUGUCAAUAAGCUGAAAAACUGAGUUAGACAGAUGCGCCGAAAAAAGACUUAUGAACGCUUAAGUCAAUCAAUCGGAUGGGAUUUAACUUUGUAAUACUCGCUAUUAAAUACUUUCAACAAAAAAUAUAUAAGACUGUUUCGUUGGGAUCAUGCUGUUAUAUAAAGUUAUAUAAGAAAAAAAUACGAAUACGGUUGUUGCCAGGGAGAGAAAUCAACGUAGGUAGACGAAGCUUAUAACUUCAGGACAAACUGGACUUACAAUAAACAAGGGGAAAUCAAACUAAAAGUAAGAACCAGAGUGAACUGUAUACCAAACUACACGUAAGAAUCAGUGAAGUUAACACAUACAGUGCGUAGAUAUGUUGGAAGAAUUGUCCUUAACGUCAGUCGGACUGAUUUUCAUGUUAUGCAUCCUGGUUCACCGAUUUCUGUUCAGCAGAAGCGCUGGAAACCUGCCGCCAUCUCCCGGCCUGUGCCUGCCCAUCAUCGGGCACAUCUACCUCCUUCGGGAGGAUAUGAGGCCGACACUGGCGCGACUCCGGAAGCAGUGCGGUGACGUGUAUUACAUGAAGUGGGGGAGCGUGCCGGUGGUGAUUCUUAGCGGAUAUGAUGUCAUUGUGGACGCUUUCAAGAAGCAGGCCGACCUUUUCGCGGCGAGACCGAAGUUGCCCGUUACGGAAAAUCUCACCAGAGGAAAAGGCAUAGUUAUGGUGAGCGGGGAACCAUGGCGGGAGCACAGAAGAUUCACACUUGGCACACUGAAGGACUUCGGUAUGGGCAAGACUAGGCUAGACACCACCAUACAGGAACAAGCUGCAUUGAUGGUCGAGGAGAUAGGAAAGCACAAUGGUGAACCUUUCGAUCCCAAAGAUGUGAUAAGUGCCCAUGUUGCCAACGUUAUUUGCUCCAUGUUGUUCCGAAGACAGUUCAAACACGACGACCCGCGGUUUAGAGGAUUGAUAAAAAUAUUGGAUGAAAAUGUACGUAUUAUGGGCGGCCUCGCCAACUUCUUCCCAUGGGCGGCCCACAUGCCCGGUGAUCCCUUGGGUGUCGGACGGGUGAUAGCCAACUGUAACACCCUGCGCGAUUAUUGCGCGGAUAUAGUACGUGAGCACGUGGAGACGUACAAUGAGAACUGCAUCGAUAACCUGGUCAGCGCGUACAUCAAAGAGGUGAAGAAGCACGAGCAGACGAACGAGCAGACGACUAUGAGCUUCGAGUAUCUCGAGAUACUUAUCAUGGACCUCUUCAGUGCCGGAACGGAAACGACGUCGACCGCGCUCCGCUGGAGUCUCGUCUGCCUCACGGAAUAUCCCGAGAUUCAAGAAGGCUUGUACACGGAAAUAACGAGCAGCAUCGGUAAUUUCCGGCCUCCGUCUGUCUUAGACAGAUCGUCCUUAGUGCGUGUGGAGGCCUUCUACAUGGAAGUGUUAAGGUUCUGCAGCUUAGGAAUCAUCUCCUUGAUGCACAGUUCAACCGAGACGGUGACUUUCAGAGGUUACACUAUACCAUCCAAUGCAGCUGUUAUUUACGACCUCAUAUCCGUAUUCAGUGAUCCCGACAUAUGGGGCGACCCGCUCGUGUUCCGACCAGACAGGUUCAUUGACGAGCACGGGAAGUUAAUCAAACGGGAUGAGUUCAUUCCAUUUUUCAUUGGCAAACGCAGUUGUAUCGGUGAGUCACUGGCAAGGAUGGAACUGCUGAUAUUUCUAAGCAGCCUCGUACAGAGGUUUCGUUUCGAAAGUCCGGCUGGGGAAGAAGUCUCCAUGGCGACCACGGACGGUGCGUUCGGAAUUGUGCAUGCGCCGAAGCCUUACAGGAUUGUAGCAGUCCCUAGGGGCGGUUGACUGACAGAACAUGUGAUUUGCGCAGAAUGACAUUAGAAUGAUUUUGCAGUAUACCUGUAUAUACCGGUAUAGGUCAGAAAAAAAAUAUUAAAGGGCCUAAUACACAG